GCUGCGCUCCAGCCAGGCCAAGACCUGGUUCCUCUUGCAGAGAAGCCGGGUUGGAUGCAGGGCUGAGAAGUGGCGUUCUGCCCCUGGAUCCUUUUUCAGCCCCACCAUGGAGCCUGGCAGCAUAGAAAAUCUGUCCAUCGCGUACCAAAGCAGCGAUUUCCUGGUGGUGAACAAGCACUGGGAUCUGCGCAUUGAUAGCAAGACCUGGCGGGAGACUCUGACCCUACAGAAGCAGCUACGGCACCACUUCCCAGAGCUGGCUGACCCUGACACCUGCUAUGGGUUCAGGUUCUGCCACCAGCUGGACUUCUCCACCAGUGGGGCGCUUUGCGUGGCCCUAAAUAAAGCAGCUGCAGGCAGCGCUUAUAAAUGCUUCAAGGAGCGGCGAGUCACCAAAGCCUACCUGGCACUGGUCCGGGGCCAUAUCCAGGAAAGCCAGGUGACAAUCAGCUAUGCCAUUGGCAGGAACAGUACAGAGGGGCGGACCCACACCAUGUGCAUCGAGGGCACACACGGUUGCGAAAACCCUAAGCCAAGUCUCACAGAGCUGUUAGUCCUGGAACAUGGACUGUAUGCUGGUGACCCUGUGUCCAAAGUGCUGCUGAAGCCACUCACAGGCCGGACUCACCAGCUACGUGUACACUGCAGUGCCCUUGGCCACCCUAUCGUGGGUGACCUAACUUAUGGACAGGCUGAGGACCAGGAGGACCAACCUUUCCGCAUGAUGCUGCACGCCUUUUACCUGCGCAUCCCCACGCAGACUGAGCGCGUGGAGGCCUGUACACCUGACCCCUUCGUGCCCGCCCUUGAUGCCUGCUGGAGUCCUCAUACCUGCGUUCAGCCCCUUGAACAGCUCAUACAAGCUCUACAGACUGACCCUGACCCCAACCCUAUGGAUGGAGUGCAGAGGCCCUGCAGCCCCUCCACCCCGCUGCCCAGGCCAGGUCGGCCCCCUCCUGAGACGGAGGCACAGCGAGCAUCGUGCCUGCAGUGGCUGUCAGAGUGGACCCUAGAGCCAGACGACUGAGGGUCUCUGGGCGUUGGGGGUUGAGAGCUGCUAGACUCCACUGCUAGGAGGCCGAGAUUGCUAGAGGACAGGGCGCUCGGUCUGUGGGACAGAUGUCCAGUAAGCAAGUCUUUCAACAUUCUUCCAGGGAAUUUCCUCCUGGAACAGCUUCCUGCCUCCUAAGCUUUACCCCAGGCUUGCCCAAGCUCUUAGCCACGAAGGGGCAAAGCCAGGAUCCUCCUGGGCCCCACCCCUCCAGGAUGGUGCCUGAGGAGGCCUAUCUUGGCAUUAGCCUAGCUGGAGUUGGUCACGUGCAGCCCCUCACGUGCCUCCUGCUGCCUGCCACUGUCAUGUGCCUUUGCUGAUCUCUGCCAGGGCCUCAUCUCCUCUGCCUGCAUCCAGUGUUUGGCCCCAAUGCAUGGGAGUGUGUUGGGCAUCUACAGAGGCGUCCUCCACUCAUGCCCAUCUCUCCAAGCCUGGCGUGGAUGCUGCUUCUGCUCCAGGGGCUCCUGACUGGAGCUUCUGCUGUGUCACCACCCGCCUGGCUUCUACACAGCCAUAGUGUGUCAGUGUCGGCCUUUGGGUCCUUUCCUGGGAGCCUUCGGGGCCUCACCCAUCCACCACAACAUGGUCUUAGCACCACUCGCUACA